ACUUUAGUGUAGGUCUGCCUGUGCAGGUUCCUGUGAUCGCAGACAGACAAGAACCUGGUACAAGCACUCAGACAGUCAGGUUACAAAGAUAGAAGGAGGGAGAAAAGGGACUCAUUUUAGAGUGACUGAAGCACUCAGGCUUCUGCUGGGAGUCCAGGAGGGACGGUUUUUGGAUUCAGAUGUUUGUUGAGAGGAUUAAGCUGGAAACCACAAGAAAUCAAGAGGAGACAAAGCCAAAACAUUCCCACCCAGAAAAGGCGGAGAUAAUGAAAGAAUGACGAGGAUGUAUGCGCAGUGAUUGUGGGUCUGACAAUCAAGCAGGAAGAGAUUUUCACAGUUGGUGUACGAAAGCUAAUCAGCUGUGAAUGUUUGACAAAGGACCAAAAGCCAGCUGAGAGAGGAGCUGCAGAGGACAGGACUUCAGGGAAACCACUGUGCUGGCUUAGUUUGAGCCAUUUUACAGCCAUUUUCAGCAUACCUUUUUUGGCUUCUGAUUCGUUAUUUCCUUGAGUAAACUUGUAACUUGUGAGUAAACUCAGUCAUGUCAGGGGAGCAAGAGAUCUCCUACAGCGAAGCCAUUCAGAAGGCCAGCGCCUCCAUCACUCGCUUCCCUCUCAUCCCAGUCAGAGGAGUUCCUCUCAUGAGCUACAUCGCCAACAACUGGGACUCCAUCUGGGCUUUCCGUCCUGACCCCUCAGACCUCCUCAUCGCCACCUACCCCAAAGCAGGGACCACAUGGACCCAGGAGAUAAUUGACCUGCUUCUUCACAAUGGAGAUGCUGAGGCCUGCAAACGAGCCCCCACACCCGUCCGCAGUCCCUUCCUAGAGAUCAACUCCCCACCACCCAUCCCCUCAGGUCUUGAUCUUCUGAAGACUAUGGAUCCACCUAGACUUAUAAAGACACAUCUUCCUUUUCAAUUGGUGCCUCCUGGAUUUUGGGAAAACAAGUGCAAGGCUAUCUACGUGGCACGCAAUGCCAAAGACAACCUGGUGAGCUACUACCACUUUGACUGUAUGAAUCUGACCCAGCCUGAGCCGGGGCCCUGGGAGGGCUACAUCCACAAGUUCAUGUGUGGAGAGUUGUCAUGGGGCUCCUGGUAUGACCAUGUGAAAGGUUACUGGGCUGAGAGAGAAAAGAGGAACAUCCUUUACCUCUUCUAUGAGGACAUGAAAGAGAAUCCUCGGCGUGAAGUGGAGCGCAUCAUGAGGUACCUGGACUUGUCGGUCUCUGAUGAGGUCAUCAGCAAAAUCGUGGAGCUCACGUCGUUUAAGAACAUGAAGGAGAACCCAAUGACCAACUACUCCUGCGUCCCAGCACCUGUUUUUGAUCAGUCCAUCUCUCCCUUCAUGAGAAAAGGUGAAGUAGGCGAUUGGACAAACCAUUUCACACCCGAGCAAUCAAAGAUGUUUGAUGAAGAUUAUGAGAAGCAAAUGAAGGGAGUCAACAUACCAUUCAGGACCCUCAUCUAACAGAUUUAGGGUUUUCCAGAUUGAUGCAGCUCUGCAAACCAAAGACCGAUGAACUGACACUGUGCAGCACUCAGAAGCCAGAAAUACUGUCAGAAAAUCUGACACAAGCUAUAAACCAAACAACAAAAGAAUUAAACUAAAUUUCUCUGACUCACUUACAAGCCUGGAUGUUAAACACUGAAAUCACUGCACCUCUUGAUGUGUAGAUACAGAGAACAACCAUCCAAAUGCGUGUUUAAAAGUUCAAUAAAAAUGUGCUCCACAAUACAA